CUACUACACUCCACUAUUAAAUUUUUUCUUUCUACAUAAACCCUCAAAACACUUCAAUAGCUUUCUUCCUAAUUAGGUAUGUGUUAUGACACACUCCAUCCUGUGUUUUUUUAACUGCUUAAACGACUUUCCUAACAAGGAAACAGAGUCCUCUGCAUUCUUCAAAAUCCAAAGCUUCACUUUUUUCCUCCACGUUUCACUUUUUUUUUUUAUUCCUCUUCUUCUUGCUCCUCUGUUUCGAUGUAGUUUUCUUCUCUGUUUUAUGCCAAGUCCAUCCUUAGUUUUUAUAGUUUCUGCAUAUGAAGGAACCUCUCAGACAUUAACUUGAGACAAAUUGAUCGUGAGAAGAGUGAAUUAAAAUUAACAUAACCCAACCUUAACCCAUCAAGUUUGUUCAUUUUCUAAAAAAUGAACUACCUGUACCCUGUGAAAGAAGAGUACUUAGAAUCGCCGCCACCAUCAUCGUCGUCGCCAACAACAGGAGUUGAUGAGUCAGCAAUGGUUCCUCCUCCGAGGCCAAUGGAGGGGCUUCACGAAAUAGGGCCACCCCCAUUUCUGACCAAGACUUACGAUGCAGUGGAGGACCCCACCACUAGCCACAUAGUUUCAUGGAACAGAGGAGGUGCCAGCUUUGUGGUUUGGGAUCCACACGCUUUCUCCAGAGACCUUCUUCCUAGAUACUUCAAGCACAACAAUUUCUCAAGCUUCGUCAGGCAACUAAACACUUACGGUUUUAGAAAAAUUGAUCCAGAUAGGUGGGAGUUUGCAAAUGAAGGAUUCCUUAGAGGGCACAGGCACCAGUUGGCAAGCAUAAGGAGAAGGAAACAACCUUCUCGGCCUUAUUCUUCUUCUUCUUCUUCUCAACAAGCACAAGGUCACUGUGUUGAAGUUGGUCGCUUUGGACUUGAUGAAGAGGUUGAUCGUUUGAGGCGUGACAAGCACGUGCUGAUGAUGGAGCUUGUGAGGCUGAGACAGCAGCAACUGAACACAAGGUCAUACCUUCAAGCAAUGGAGGAGAGGCUAAGAGGGACAGAAAUUAAGCAGCAACAAAUGAUGGCUUUCUUGGCUAGAGCUUUGAAGAAUCCAACUUUUAUUCAGCAGCUACUUCAGCAGAAGGAGAAGAGGAAGGAGCUUGAAGAGGCCAUGUCCAAGAAGAGGAGAAGGCCAAUUGAGGGAGGGCCAAGUGGGGUUGGAGAACCAAGCAGUGGAGGAGAAGAAGGAAGAAGCAGUGUUAAGGUUGAGCCUCUUGUGUUAGGUGAAUAUGGUUUUGGAGUGUCAGAGUUGGAAGUGUUAGCUAUGGAGAUGCAAGGUUAUGGUAGGGGAAGGAGGGAACAAGAGGAGGAGCCUGAGGCACUAGAAUCACAAGAGAGGCUGGAGAAAGAGCUUGAUGAAGGGUUCUGGGAAGAACUUUUCAGUGAGGGUUUUGAGGGUGAAUUGGAUAUUCCAACUUCCCAAGACCAAGAUGAAGAUGUAGGUUGCAGCUGUUGCUUGGACAAGAAUCUAUGGUAGUGAUAGCAAUCGUUAUUUACUCAAGAUUAUUCAGAAGCCGUAGAAUGGAUACGAAUUCGAAGUAGCUGGUCUCCAAGAAUCAUAACUGAUUGUUGCUUUUGAACCAAGAUCCGGUUGGUGGUUAACCUUGUCGGUUUGAUUUUUUUUCCCCUCUAUACUUUUCAUUGCUUGAGACUUCGUCAUGUGGCUUGAAAUAAAACGAGGCCACACGUGGAAUUUCAUAAUGUUACAUAUAUAUGGACAAUUUUGUUAGGUA